GUAUGUGUGUGUGACGGAGCAAGAGGGGGAGCUCUGAAACUCACACACACAUAUACACACACACAUGCGCAGGACUGUGCAGAGAUAGAUAGAGCUUUUCCAAGCUUUUCAGGAGCAGAGCGGUGGCAGAGGGAUUACUCCAAUAUCCAUCCGUCUCUACCUUCAUGCCUCCUAGGGGUCAGUGCCAGAGGAGCGUGGAGGACUGAGAUGGAGACAGAUAGAGGUCCGAAUCGUUAGCUGUGAUUUACUGAAGAGGGGUAGCAAGCAUGGUCCUUCACAGUGGAGGAUUGAACAGCAUUGUGCUGGUUCUCAGUCUAUCACUGUUUGACAGCUUACACACUGUUUCCCUGAACAGAGAUGGAAGAGAACCAAGCUGGACCAAGAAAACCGCAGUUUCAGGGGCACAGUGGUCACAGUGGACAACCCAGAUGUCCAGAACUAAGAUGGACACUACCACUGCUUCACCCAUGAUCAAUUCACUCUUCACAGAGCUCACAAUCAAGUUUGAAAAGAACAGCAAUGCACUGAAAGAUCUGGCUGGAACCAUGGCUGCUGCAUCAAAUCUCAACAGCCGAAGGAACAUCUCAUUACCAAAGCCAUCUACUACUGAAACAUGGACAGCGAAGGAUACUCCAGCAAAGGCUUGGUCACGAACUCAGGGUAAUGAGUGGAUUCCAGUGAAAGAGUUUUCAGAUUUGGCUCAGUCAUAUUUAGGAGAUUUUGAUGCUUAUUCAUCUGAAAGAUCUGACUCUCAAGCAUGGAAAUCUCAAUCUGGCUUUCAACCUCAGGAGAAUACAGAAACUCCAGAGUUCACACAUGUCCACAUGUCUCAAACAUCUCCUGACCAAAGAAGAGUAAAGACUAAACUUGGUGUUGACUCAACACAGAGGGAGUCCAAAUCCACAGGUCAGAAAACAGAUAUAGGAAAGUUUUCUGAUGCAGGUACAGAUGUGGGACAAGAACAAAAAGACCUACUAACUACUGCAAAGGACACUGGUAAAGAGAUAGAGGAGUCAACCACCAAGCCCCCUCAACAAACAAUAGGGUUGACAAGUUAUCCUAAAGAAAGUCUGAUGAAGCCCAACUGGACAAGACCUAGUUUGGACACAUCUAAAGAAGAUGGCGUAGGUCCUCUAGAAGAAGAACGGAAGAGGAAGCAAGACGCCAGAAUGACCCCAGCAACAACAACACUCACACUUAAUCCAGGCUUAUCUGUGUUUAACACUGAUGCUACUGAAUCCUCCUCUCUACCUGACUGCAACCAGGACUCUACAGGGAUCUGCAAUUCCUCAAAGCCUCUAAGGAACCCUGGUCUCUCUGACGACAGUAUCUCCGAUGACUUGGCUCCAGCCUCCCCAGUGCUUCCUCCUAGUGAAGAUAUGACCCCACCUCCUGUAGCCCUGACCCCACCCCUUCUGGUGCCUCUGUUGACUGACUGGAACGCUGCCAUGGCUACUUGGGGCCUAGCCUGGGAGUUGCAGGUGUAUGGACUGGGUUGUGUGUUUUCCCUGGUGGCCAUGAUUUCUGCCCUCAGCCUGCUGUGUCUGCCCCUGUGCUGGCCGUCUGGCUGUGCCCAGUUCAGCCUCCUGCACCUCCUGCAGCUGCUGGCUGGCAGUAGCCGUGCCCUGUGGCUGCUCUAUGACCCGUACGGUCAGCGUGAGCGGCUCCCGGCAGCUUGGGUGCGCCUCUUGCACGAGGCCACUUAUCCCUGCUUGACUGCCGCCUUCGGCCUGCUGCUGCUGCUACUGUGCGGCCUGUCUCCCUCCCAGCUGCUUUCCCAGAGCACCUUGCGGCGCUGUGGCUGCCUACUGGCUGCACUGGUGCUGGUGCACGUUGCAGUUGUAAUGGGAUCUGUUGCCAUCCUGAGGCUUUUUCCAACCCUCCCAGUUGUCCCUCUGCUGCCCCCAGCUGCCUUCUUACUACUGGCCUCUAUCUUCUCCUUCUCAUACCUGCUGUUCUACUGCUGCACCCGCACAGACGCCAAGCACAUCUACAGGCUGAGUGAGACAUCGCCGGACCACCAAGCUAACCGCUGCCCCCUAGCAGAGGCCAGUGUAUGGGAAAGAGCAGCAGGGACCGGCCUUUUCGCAGCACUUUUCCUUCUUGCAUGUGGAGGGCUCCGGCUCUAUGCGAUCCUGCAUGCGACUGGGCUGACGGAUGAGGAGACAGUGGGACUGAUGCCCUGGCCCUGGUGGGGCUUCCAGCUCAGUUGCAGAGUGUGUGAGGUGGGAGUGUGUCUCUCCGUGGCUCUCGUCAUCACACACCCUCUCCUCUGCUGUGGAAGAGCCGCUCCUAAGUUUGGUCGCUGGAGCUCGAUGUUUAACAGGAAGAGGAUAUCCACAGGGGGCACUACUUCAGCCACAAAGCCAACUAUCCUGCCAACCAGCUGGUCCAAGAGGCCUGGAGAGAAACUGAGCCUCAGGGAUGGUAUGGUACAAGAUGAGAGUGAGAGUGUGCCCCUCUACACCUUGGCAGAAGUGCCACUUUGCGAAAUGGACGGCUUGGACCUUCAUUAUCCCAGCAGUCCUCAGAACCAGGCUUUGCUGCAGCACUCUGCAACCACAAAUAAUGCCCAAAUAGUCUCCAGACACUCAUCUCUGGCUAGCCUAAAUGGCGACUCCACUGUGGACCUGCGGCCUCCGUCUCCAAUCGACCUGCGGCGCAGCAUUGAUGAAGCUCUCAACAGUGAAGCCCUGUUCCGGAGGAGCCUCUUCAGCUCCUCCAGGCUCUCUUUGAGCACACGUGGGCCUCCAGAUGGACAGCCCUGCAGAGGGACCUCCGCCGAGCCUGUUCUCUACCGCACGGCCUCGUGCGGGGACGUGGACUCCCCAUGUAGGGAUUCGAUCUCCAGCUCUCUGCAUGGAGGCCCAAGAGGUCGUGGAGGUCCAACAGCUUUGUACAGCUCCAGGCACCAGUCUCAGAGCAGCCUUCCCAGAGGGAGCCUGCCCAGGGUGCAGUCUGGACGCCCAUCACAGAAGCAGUACAAGGUCCUAAACUCCACCGCCUCCAGAGAGAGCAUAUAUGAGAAAGACCAUGCUUAUACGCAGGCUGAUGAACUGGCUGUGCAAGCUGAAUUUAAAAGUGUGUGCAGACAGAUAGAUGCACUCAGUGUGAGCAGCGACACAAUUGAACUGUGAACAAGGCAGUUCCAACUGAACUGAGUUAUUCUAAUACACUCAUGGUCAAAAAUGAGUUGCACCCAGAAGGAAUCAACUGACAGGAAUCAAAGUUGGUGGGUAGUCAUGCCAGACUGUAAUGGAGUGAAUCAUCUUUUGGGAUGAGUCCAGCUUUUGUCUUGAUAGACAUGACCAUUGAAACUUUGUGUGGAAGAGCGUGGGGUGCAAUUUUAUAUGAUGCCAGAUCACCUUUGUUUUUUUUAAAUACAGGCACUUUGACAGCUUAACAUUAUGUUAAUGAGGUCCUUCAACAAGUGACCCUACCUUGCUUUUCCAACAGGACAAUGCACAUCCACAUACUGCUGCUGCCAUCUCAAGAGCUCGCCUUGGGCACAGGUACUAUGCCAUGGCCAGCCCCAUCAACAGUCCACCCCUACCACAAAAUCUGCAGGAACUGCAUAAGAUUAUUCAAGCUGCAUAGGAUGGAUUAUUACUGCACACCAUUAGGAACCUCUACAACUCUUGAGUUACUUGAGUAACUAUUGGGUGCAACUAUUUUUGCAACAUUUUUUUUUUUUCAAAAGAGAGUGUAUGUAAGAUUUUGUAUGCAUUUGAAUUGUUGCACCGCAAUUGCAAGUGCAAGGAGGCCUCGUCAUUCAGAAGGGAUUCUGUUCAGAAGGGAAGCUGCUGCAGGUCUCAUAAAGUGGAAUAAAAGGUGGCAAAACAAGGUGCAAAAAACGUAUGAUUGUCCCCUUUAUCUAAAAUGGAGUGCACAUGCUCAGUUUGCUGCAUUGCUCAGAUGCCUGCGGGGUGGACAUACAGUAAAAACUGUGCAAACAUAAAUUGAUCAUUUGGGCCUUGCUGAAUAUAUUGCCUCUGUAUGACUACUGAUGCAAGCUCAUAAAAAGCUUUUUUUAUUUAAUAGCAAUAAGCCUACAUUUAGCACUUAGGAUAAUUUAAAGCAUUUCAAGCUAAUACAGACACUACAUGUCCAAAAGUAUCAAGACUUCCAUUAGUUAACUCAAUAGAAGCUAGGAAUUACGUAACACCCGAGCUGACUGUGAUAAGCCAUCACUGUUAGCAUUGUUCCAGGUUAGGACUGCUAGUGAUACCAGUUAAUAACAAUGCAUUAAAUGAUAUUUUGAGCACCCAAACAACAUGAAAGCAUGUCCAAAGAUAGCAGUUGGACAUUAUUGUGUUUAAAACUGAUUUAAAAUGAGACAUAAGACACAAAUAGAUAAGAAAAGUUCUAAUAAACUGUAUAAUACUACUGCUGUUAAUGUGUGGUGCAGCCAUCUUGGAUUCUGAACUUGUGGUUGGUAAGGCAUCCCAAACUUGAGUAGGAAAUCUGAUCUGUAGGAGCAUUACAGGUAAAAGUUUCUACUUGAAGGUCAUACAGAAUGCAGCAUAAGUAUUUAAGGUUCCUGUGCACUAUGCAUUGCACAAAACAUUAAUUUAUAAUGGUGUAAAUCUCCAUAACUGGGAUGUGAAAUAGUGGAACUCUUUUCUCUGCAAUGAUGUAGCUUCAUUAUUAUUUAAUUAUUCAGUUUAGUCUACAAACUUUUGGACAUAUAGUGGACUGUACAUCUCAGAGAAUGGUGUGUGCUGUAAUUAUGUUUUUUUUUUAUUAUUGACCCAUUGGGUGCCUCAGAAAGCUGCAUGAAAAUGCAUAUUGAAAAAUUGAAAAAAGUUUAAGAAGAUUAUUUUCUGCAAUAAUACUAAUAUAGCAAUACCAGUGAAUGCAUGUCUGUGGCAGGGAAAUAAUGUAGUUGUUUUUGAGCUGGUAUUUCCAAUCUAUGCACCACGUACGUACAGUAUCUCAAACUAAAAGAGACACGUAUGUACAUAUGCUGUGUAUAUCUCUCUUUUGCAUUGCAGCUUUCUUUCAUUCUUUCCAAGCUUUUCUACAGCUCUCUCCUCUAUACUGUUCUUAAGGCCAUGAUUUAGCAAGAAAGUUAGCAAGAAAGCCAGAUUUCUUCUUAUAGGUCUAAGCUUGUCAGUAUCAGAUGUCUCUGGUAUAGAUAUAAGGAGGUCGGGCUUUGUGACGUUUACACAGCACUCAUCUGUUUUCUAAUUGCAUUGUUUGAUGCAUUGAUUAAUACAUGAAUUAAGACAGUAAGGAUGUGACAGGAUGUGACAAUGUAAAAAUAUAAGACAGACAAUAAACUCAACUAAACAUUCUAGAAUAA